AUGGCUGCUCGCCUUCCUCUCGCCCGUCUUUCGGGCCAGCGCUUGACCACUUUGACCCGGGCUACUCGGGCUCCCAGCCGGCUUCGCGCCGUCCAGGGCCUUUCUACCCUCACGCGCGCCAAUGCCUCUUCGCGGGCCUCCGGUCUGCUGCAGGCCUCUUCCGGCAUCAACGUGUCGCGCAACCUCACUCCUUUCGUCGGCCUUCAGAUCCGGACCUACGCCGACAGCAUCGUCAAGGUCCCCCAGAUGGCAGAGUCCAUCACCGAGGGUACUCUGAAGCAGUUUUCCAAGCAGGUUGGCGACUAUGUCGAGCGCGAUGAAGAAAUUGCUACCAUUGAGACCGACAAGAUCGACGUCUCGGUGAAUGCCCCGGACUCCGGUACGAUCAAGGAGCUUCUCGUGAAUGAGGAAGAUACCGUCACUGUCGGCCAGGAUCUCAUCAAGUUGGAACUGGGCGCUGCCCCCGAGGGCAAGAAGGAUGCGGCUCCCGAGCAGCCCAAGGAGCCUGCCGCUGAGAAGCCCCAGGAGUCUGCUGCUGAGAAGCCCCAGGAGUCUGCUGCUGAGAAGCCCCAGGAGUCUGCUCCUGCGGCGGAGAAGCCCGAGCCGUCGAAGCCCGCACCCCCGUCGGAGAAGCCUAAGGAGACCCCUAAGAAGGCCGAGUCUCCCAAGCCCCAGGGGGCUGCUGAGUCCAAGCCUGCCCUCGGAAACCGUGAGGAGCGUCGUGUGAAAAUGAACCGGAUGCGUCUGAGAAUUGCGGAGCGUCUGAAGCAGUCCCAAAACACCGCUGCUUCCCUUACCACCUUCAACGAGGUUGACAUGUCUUCUCUGAUGGAGUUCCGAAAGCUCUACAAGGACGAUGUGCUCAAGAAGACCGGCGUGAAGCUCGGAUUCAUGAGCGCCUUCUCUCGUGCCUGUGUGCUGGCCAUGAAGGAGGUCCCCGCCGUCAAUGCAUCGAUCGAGGGCCCCAAUGGCGGUGACACCAUCGUCUACCGCGACUACGUUGACAUUAGCGUCGCUGUCGCUACUGAGAAGGGCCUGGUCACUCCGGUGGUCCGUAAUACGGAGACCAUGGACCUGGUUGGCAUUGAGCAGUCGAUCGCUGACCUCGGCAAGAAGGCUCGCGAUAACAAGCUGACCAUUGAGGACAUGGCUGGCGGUACCUUCACCAUCAGCAAUGGUGGUGUCUUCGGCUCCCUGAUGGGUACACCCAUCAUUAACCUUCCCCAGUGUGCUGUUCUGGGUCUCCACGCCAUCAAGGACAAGCCGGUGGCCGUGAACGGCAAGAUCGAAAUCCGCCCGAUGAUGUACCUUGCCCUCACAUACGACCACCGUCUCUUGGAUGGUCGCGAGGCGGUCACUUUCCUUGUCAAGGUCAAGGAGUAUAUUGAGGACCCGCGGCGCAUGCUGCUUGGGUAA